AUGCCUCAUGCCCUGAUUUGCGCACAAGCAUUUCCGCCGCUGCUGAAGCAGGCUGGUGGCGUGGCCAAGGAUUACCUGGCACUCUGCCGGGCGUUGAUCGAUGGUCUCAGCUGGAAAGUCACCUUGCUUUCUCCUGUUAGCAUAUGGGAAUCUGGCGAGGCAGACGUGGAGCGGUGGUUGAAAACUGGCCAGCUUGUCCACGUCCCAGUUUGGGCUUUACAGGCUUCAAAUGCACUUGGCGUGGCCGUCUUAAUGGAUUUCUUCUCCAUCCACAACACCUGCCGGCUGGUGUGGGAAGUGUUGCAUGGAGGUCAUGCUUUGUGCUUCAUCGAUGAUAGCUGCAUGCGCAUAGCGCCCCUGAUGCUGAUGAGAGGCCUGGGCAUGCCUGGCAUAGCCACAACCCACUCGGAUGUACCUUCACAUCCAGUUUACCAUCAGUUUAUUCUACUGAAGAUCUUGUGGUGGCUCCACUUGGCAUCCGCGUACUUUACAACACUGCAUGCCUCCGUGGCACAUGUUUACGCGCAGUCGCUUUGGGAGCGGUAUAGAAUACCUGUUGACGCUGUCUGGCCUCCAGUGCUGUGGUCCGAUGCAUUUCGACGGCCUCUCGAUGAAUUUCGAGAUGCUGCAGCGAAACAAAGAGAACGCUGGGUGGAAGAACUGGGCUUUGUGCCAAAGGCGAUUUUCCUUUUUGCGGGCAGAUGGUCGGCUGAAAAGCGUAUUCACUUACUGCAUGAUGCAGUCCCAGAAGACUGUGGCUUGAUUAUUGUGGGCGACAGCGAUGCAGACUAUGCUGAUCAGAUCGAAGCGAGUGGGCGACGCAACGUCUUGCCUAAACGAGGUAUGCUGGGGGCAGAAGAUCUUCGAACAGCGUAUGCUGCCAGUGAUUUGUUCGUUUCGGCAAGCACUUGUGAGACGCUCGGAAACACUGUUGUGGAGGCAUGGAGCGCAGGCAUUCCAGUGGCAAUCCAGCCUGUUGGAGGGCAUCUCGAGUUUGUGAAGGACAACGAGAAUUCGUAUCUUGUAAACUUCGAUACAAGUGAAGAAGCUCGAGAACGCCUCACUUCCAUCGUGGCCGGAGGUGCCAAAGCAUCCGUGGAGCCAGCGCUUUCCAAGAUGGGGGACUACUUUCGGACCUUAGAUUUUCCUGGUGAGAUACAGAGGCGUCUUUUGGAGCCUGCACUGUCGACUGCCUCGGCGUGGCAAGCUCUCACGGGAUGGCGAUGGCUUGUCGAGAAGCUGCUGCGUGGCCUGCUUUUGCUGGUCUGCUGCUGCAUCUGGCCAGUGACCGUCGUGUGGUCCCGGGCAUAUUUCGCAGUAUCAUGCGACCCAAUCUACAGGUAUGUAGAGCCCGGCACGGCCAAGGAGCCGGAUGCCACUGCCAGAAGUCCAGGACAUUUAGGGUUUAGGGUUUAG